GUCUGCGCGCGUGGCAGGGCGCGGCGGGAGAGGAGCGGAGCGGGACAGGGACACGACCAUGUAUGCGGGCGAGGGGCGGUCGCAGCCCCACCUGGCCGCGCUGGUGCUGGCGCGGGGCGGUAGCAAAGGGAUCCCGCUGAAGAACAUCAAGCCGCUGGCGGGAGUGCCACUCAUCGGCUGGGUGCUGCGCGCCGCCAUCGAUGCCGGCGUCUUCCACAGCAUAUGGGUUUCCACAGACCACGAUGAGAUCGAGAAGGUUGCGAAGCAGUUUGGUGCUCAGGUCCAUCGCAGAAGCCCUGAAGUCUCUCAAGACUCCUCAACUUCCCUAGAAGCCAUCACAGAGUUUCUCAAUCAUCAUCAUGAGGUUGAUAUUGUAGGAAAUAUUCAAGCAACAUCUCCCUGUUUACAUCCCAGUGACCUUAUAAAAGUGGCAGAUCUGAUCCAGAAGGAGGGCUUUGAUUCUGUCUUCUCUGUUGUGAGGAGGCAUCAAUUCAGAUGGAGUGAGGUAAAGAAAGGAGAAAACAAGAUGACAGAACCCCAAAACCUGAAUCCAGCAAAGCGGUACCGGAGGCAAGACUGGCCUGGGGAGCUCUAUGAAAAUGGCUCGUUUUAUUUUGCCAAGAGGCAUCUGAUUGAGAAAGGCUACUUGCAGGGUGGUAAAAUGGCCUACUAUGAAAUGUGUGCAGAGCACAGUGUGGAUAUUGAUAUAGACAUUGACUGGCCUAUUGCAGAGCAGAGAGUGUUGAGCUUUGGAUAUUUUGGCAAAGAGCCGCUAAAAGAGGUGAAGCUCUUGGUUUGCAGUAUUGAUGGAUGCCUGACCAAUGGUCGCAUUUAUGUGACAGAAGAUCACAAGGAAAUGGUCUCCUAUGAUUACAGAGAUAUUGUUGGCAUUGAUCUGUUAAAGAAAAGAGGAAUCCAGGUUCGACUCAUCUCUGACAGAGAUUGUUCAAAAACACUGUCAGCCAUGCAGCUGGGAUGUGCAGCAAAAGUCAGCGUAACAAAUAAACUACAGGUUCUGAAGAACUGGCAGGAGGACAUGGGUUUGAGCUGGAAAGAGGUGGCUUACUUAGGAAAUGAGGAGUCUGACGUGGAGUGCCUGAAGCAGGCAGGCAUGAGUGGUGUGCCUGCUGAUGCCUGUGCCACUGCUCAGAAGGCUGCUGGUUACAUCUGUAAGAGCAGAGGUGGCUGUGGAGCUGUGCGGGAGUUUGCAGAACACAUAUUCCUGCUCUUAGAGAAAGUGAACUCUGCAAGGAAGCAGCUGGAAGAAAUCAGCUCAGCAGGGAAGGAAAUGGGGAGAAAUGAGAGCAGCAGGAAAGGAAAUAAGGAACUGAUGGAAAAAGAGUAACACUGUUGGUCAGUCCUGCUUUUCUUCCUCAGUACAUCCAUAUCCCAAAGGAAUGCUUACCUUUCAAAUUUUACAGCACAGUAGAGUUAAAAGGGUGUCUCCCCCUAAUUCCAGGUCCCACAUUCAUGAUUAUAUGCUGAAAAUAUGAUCAUAUCCAUGAUGAUUUUAAAAGCCAUUUAAGUGCAAUGGGAGGAAUGCUACAAAAGAGAGUGCCCUGUAAAUCUGCUCUUAAUCACACCUGUCCUGAUGCCUCUUUAUUUCAUAAUCUGAAUGUUUUCAGGGAUCAAUGAUUUUGUAUGACUUGAAGAUUUGUAAUUCAGGCUUAAAAAACCCAAAACUUCUGUCAGUUUUUCUCAUGUGGUUUGCAUUUCUUUUAUCAAAUGCAUGGUAUUGUGGUUGUGUGAUUGCAUUUUACAAGCUUUGUCCUUAGCAAAGAAGAGUUUCAACAUAUGCUGGAGAGGUCAGGUGUAAAAUACUUAUCAAUAAAACUUCCUCCUCUAUUUUUGAAAUACAACUCAGUUGCUGUAAAACAAGUUAAUACUCGUUUAAAAAAGCACUUUAACAUGUGUUCAGUUUGAAGCUCAUAAAUAAUUAAAUCACAUUUGGAAUUGU